ACGUCUGCAAGGCACUCUGUUUUAUUUUCAUAUAAAAGUGGCUGCCUUCUAUGAGGUCUCACAGUUUUUCUCUUCCCAUUAGUAAAAAAAAAAAAAAUACUCCUAUUGCAGCUAUGACCAAGAAUUGUCCUCUUGGCAAAAAAUGGGACAACGUUGUCAAUGAUUGUAUAAGUUUAAAGGUGUUGGAAACCGGACCUGAACCUCCAACAGAGGUGAUGCCAGUUUUUGUUCAAAGCACAUCAGCCCCACCAAUUUCUCUGAUUCCAAUACUGUGGAUUGUGCUGGUUCUGAUCACUCUGGGGUCCAUUAUGGCUUUGGCUCUCUGGUUCAUCAUAUACAGACGUCAGAGGAGACCCAGUAGAACCUCAGAAGAAGUGGAGUCUGAACCUGAGCAUCCCCAAAAAAUAGAGCCGCCCGUUGAAAGUCACUUGUCCCCUUCAGCAUCACCAGCCUUUUCAGCCUGUGCCCACCUAUACCACCAGGGACCCCACAACACCUCAAAAUGGGACGACGACUUUGUCAAUUGCAGGGGGACCUCAAAAUGUCAGAAGGGAACUCGCGGAGAGGAAACAGACCAUGCUGAGGAGAUUGGAGUGCUGCUACUAUGCAAUGCCAUGAGAGAGCACAGACUUCCACUUCCUGCCACAGAACUUGGUGGCACGGCAUUGGUUACAACCAAAACUAUGUAGAUUCUAUUUCAACUUCAUACAUCUUUCUCGCUGGGAUUCUGUUGCAAUCACAUUAACUGCCACAGUAGGCAUCCAGAAAUUGACCGAUUCUGUUAGUGGCAUCUUUAAACAUGACAUUAUGUUUAAGUGCCCGACAAUUCUGCCUAGCAACAGCGUGGAUACGCUGCUUAACCCGGUUGAUGAAUUCAGUUUAAUUUGCGACAUUUAAAAAUAAAACCCAACGGAUUUUCAUCCUUUCUGCAAUUUAUAACAUUGCAAAUAGAUCACAUAGAAUGUUUGGUGCCUUAUCAAUAUCUGUGAUAGAAGAAUAUCACCGAUAAGAGGUCACUACCGCAUAACAAAAGUGCACUUAACCCUUCUUUGUGUGUUUGGAGUUUUAGGAAGAAGUUUUGCUUUUGACUCAUGUGGCUGUGAAUAUUUAAAUAUACAACACUUGCAUCUUUCAGAACCUGUUAAUGAAUACUAGGAAAUACUAAAGUCAAGUAUUUUGCACACAAGUGAUUAUUCCAUCCCUUUGUCGAAUGCUCAAUCCGUGCAGACAAUGUGGUGCAAAUACAAAACAUAUUAGCGCAUCACUUAUUAGAUUAGCAUCCCCAUGUUGUGUUCUUUAAAUAAAGGCAGUGUUCAUAUCA